AUGUACCUGCUGGACGACAGCGGCGAACCCGCGUCUCCGCCCGCGGACGCGAUGCCGCGCGGGACGCCCCCCAAGAAGACCGUCUACCGCAUCUCCGUGACCAUGGUCAGGAAGGAGCAUCUAGGCGCGCCGGGCCCCGGCGGCCCCGACCCGCGCCCGGUCCGGAGGCCCCGGCCCGCGCUCUCCCCGGACGCGCCCGGGCGUCUAGUGGAGGAGGCGGAGGAGGUGGCGUGCGCUGAGGACCCCGAGGGCCGCCGGCCUCGCGCCUGGGACUUCCGCACCUUCCGCACCCGCAGCACUGGGCAGCUGGAGCUCGGGCGGCUCCGGCCGUGCGCACGCGGCCGGGAGCCCGCGGCCCUGGCCGGCAGUCCCCCGGCAGUGGAGGAGGGGACCGGCUCGCCCGCUCCCGGUAGUCCCGACGUGGAGGGGGCUCGAGCCGCGCCCUUGCGGCGCAGCCUCAGCUUCAGGCACUGGAGCGGGCCCGAGGCGCCGCGGGGCCGGGCCCUGGGACGCGGGAGGCGCCACAGCAGCUCCGGGAGCCUGGCCUGGGCUCCGGGCGGCGAGGCCGUGGCCGACCCCGGGGCCGCCCUGGAGCCCGCGGCCUCCGGGCAGCCCGCCUCGGAGAAGCGCAACACCCUGGACGUGGGCGAGGUGCUCAGCAAGAACGACGCGCUCUCGGACCUGGAGCGCUGGGAGCGCAGCAAGAGCAAGAACCGCACGCUGGACAACAGCGACCUGCAGCGGCUGGAGCGCGCGCGGGCGGCGGCCGCGGGCUCCGGCGCGGCGUUGGAGCACAGGCUGCUGCGCUUCUUCAGUGGUAUCUUUGCGCGCAGGGACGGCGCGACCGGCGGCGGUCCCUCCCCGCGGAGCGGCGCCUCGCGGCCGCGCGGCUACUUCAGCAGCCUGCGGCGGGCCCCGGCCGACGCGCACUCGUCCAGCGCCGAGAGCAUCGACGGGUCCCCGCGCAGAGAUGCCUUUGUGAACAGCCAGGAAUGGACGUUAAGUCGAUCCGUCCCGGAGCUCAAAGUGGGCAUUGUGGGUAAUUUAGCCAGUGGCAAGUCGGCCCUGGUGCAUCGCUAUCUGACCGGCACGUACGUCCAGGAGGAGUCUCCCGAAGAUAUGGACGCAGGUGGCAGAUUCAAGAAAGAGAUUGUUGUUGACGGACAGAGCUACCUGCUGCUGAUCAGGGAUGAAGGGGGCCCUCCAGAGGCACAGUUUGCCAUGUGGGUGGACGCUGUUAUAUUUGUCUUCAGCUUGGAGGAUGAGAUAAGUUUCCAGACGGUCUACCACUACUACAGCCGGAUGGCCAACUACCGGAACACGAGUGAGAUUCCGCUGGUCCUGGUGGGAACCCAGGAUGCCAUCAGCUCCACCAACCCGCGGGUCAUCGACGACGCCAGGGCGCGGAAGCUCUCCAGCGACCUCAAGAGGUGCACGUACUACGAGACGUGCGCCACGUACGGGCUGAACGUGGAGAGGGUCUUCCAGGACGUUGCCCAGAAGAUUGUUGCCACGAGGAAGAAGCAACAGCUGUCCAUCGGACCCUGCAAGUCCCUACCCAACUCUCCGAGCCACUCAUCUGUCUGUUCCGCACAGGUGUCUGCCGUGCACAUCAGCCAGACAAGUAACGGAGGCGGGAGUCUGAGCGACUAUUCCUCCUCUGUCCCGUCCACGCCCAGCACCAGCCAAAAGGAGCUGCGUAUCGACGUACCGCCCGCGGCCAACACGCCCACGCCCGUCCGCAAGCAGUCCAAGCGCCGGUCCAACCUCUUCACCUCUCGGAAAGGGAGUGACCCAGACAAAGAGAAAAAAGGCCUGGAGAGCCGGGCGGACAGCAUCGGGAGCGGUCGAGCCAUCCCAAUUAAACAGGGCAUGCUGCUGAAGCGAAGUGGCAAGUCACUGAACAAAGAAUGGAAAAAGAAAUACGUCACCCUGUGUGACAAUGGUGUGCUGACCUAUCAUCCAAGUUUACAUGAUUACAUGCAGAAUGUUCAUGGCAAAGAGAUUGAUCUUCUGAGAACCACUGUGAAAGUCCCAGGGAAGAGGCCGCCCCGAGCCACAUCGGCCUGCGCGCCCAUCUCCAGCCCGAAAACCAACGGCCUGUCCAAGGACAUGAGCAGCUUGCACAUCUCACCAAAUUCAGGGAAUGUCACUAGUGCGCCUGGGUCUCAGAUGGCGAGCGGCGUCAGCCUGGGCUCCUUCAACAGCCGACCGGACGGCAUGCAGCAACGGUCCUACUCUGUCUCCAGUGCCGACCAGUGGAGCGAGGCUACGGUCAUUGCAAACUCAGCCAUCAGCAGUGACACGGGGCUCGGUGACUCCGUGUGCUCCAGCCCAAGCAUCUCCAGCACCACCAGCCCCAAGCUCGACCCGCCCCCCUCCCCUCACGCCAACAGAAAGAAGCAUCGGAGGAAGAAAAGUACCAGCAACUUCAAAGCCGAUGGCCUCUCAGGCACUGCUGACGCCAAACGCAAAGCAUGGAAACUAAACCGUGUUGGUAGCCUGCGAAAUAUCCACAACAGCAGCACCAACACCGAAGAACAAGAAGAAAACUUUGAGUUUAUCAUUGUGUCCCUCACUGGCCAGACGUGGCACUUUGAAGCCACCACCUACGAGGAGCGAGACGCGUGGGUCCAGGCCAUCGAGAGUCAGAUCCUCGCCAGCUUACAGUCGUGCGAGAGCAGCAAGAAUAAGUCCCGACUGACCAGCCAGAGUGAGGCCAUGGCCUUGCAGUCGAUACGGAACAUCCGAGGGAACUCCCACUGCGUGGACUGCGAGACCCAAAAUCCCAACUGGGCCAGUUUGAACUUGGGAGCCCUCAUGUGCAUUGAGUGCUCAGGGAUCCACCGGAAUCUUGGCACCCACCUUUCUCGAGUCCGAUCUCUGGACCUUGAUGACUGGCCCAUUGAGCUUAUCAAGGUGAUGUCGUCCAUUGGGAAUGAGCUGGCCAACAGCAUCUGGGAGGAGAGCACCCAGGGGCGGACGAAGCCCUCGCUGGACUCCACAAGGGAAGAGAAGGAGAGGUGGAUCCGGGCCAAGUAUGAGCAGAAGCUCUUCCUGGCCCCGCUGGCGUGCACGGAGCUGUCCCCGGGCCAGCACCUGCUGCGGGCCACCGCCGACGAGGACCUGCGGACGGUCAUCUUGCUGCUGGCGCACGGCUCCCGGGACGAAGUGAACGAGACCUGCGGGGAGGGGGACGGCCGCACGGCGCUGCACCUGGCCUGCCGGAAGGGCAAUGUGGUCCUGGCCCAGCUUCUCAUCUGGUACGGGGUGGACGUGAUGGCCCGCGACGCGCACGGGAACACGGCGCUGGCCUACGCGCGGCAGGCCUCCAGCCAGGAGUGCACCGACGUCCUGCUACAGUACGGCUGCCCCGACGAGCGCUUCGUGCUCAUGGCCACCCCCAACCUGUCCAGGAAGAACAAUAACCGGAACAACAGCGGCGGGAGGGUGCCCACCAUCAUCUGAGGACCGGCGGUGCCCGCAGCCUCCCGAGCGCCCUCAGGGAUCACGCCACGUGAGUCCCGUCGCGUCCCCUCACUCCUCCUGGUGGUCCCCAGCCAACCCCCCACGCCUCCACCCCACCCCCCUCACGCCAAGUGAAAUCACAAAACCCGGAUGGUCCUCAAGGGGCGAAGAGGAGGCCCGGAGGCUGCAGCAUUGAUUCCUUUGCAUAAAUUCCCCCGAUCAACACACAGGAGCGACCGGCGGGCCUGGGUUCGUUGAUGGUAGCACACGGUGCCGGACCCCGGUCCCUCCGGUGGCCGGGAGACAGAGCGUGGCACAAGGGACGGGACAUGGGGGAGGGGAGGCGCGCAGCCAGGAGAAGGGGCAACACUCCUUAACUGGCGGUUCAGCACAUCAGUACAUUUCACCUCUACCAGACGGAACGCUUGGGUUUCAUCUCUUCUCCGAGGAGCUUGACGGCAUAAAUCAGAAGCAAGAAGAGUUUGUCAGGUUUGAAGCCCCUAUGAUGGUAUGUGUCAAAUCAGUUGUAGCUAAUCUGUCCAGGGAGAGCACCGGCUUCAUUACACUCGUACAGCUGAGUUCUUCCAGCAUUACCGCUGUUUAAUAGAACAUGAUUAGUCAUCACCGAGAAGGAAGCGUAUUAGCCGAGGAGGUAGUUACACAGCACGCUCUGGCGAUUGCCGCGAUGUGACUGCAAUGCUCUUAGAAGCAUCGUAUUAUCCCAGACAUGUUCUUUCAAGCCCUUGGAGCCCUCCUUUCUAAAUUCACUGUCAUAAUUUAGUAUCUGUUUAAUUUUUCAGUCCAAAGAGAGGAAACCAGUUGCCGAGUGUUAUUUGACUGCAGUCUCCUUGGCGCAAAAACAAAACGGAAGAGAUAAAUAAGGGUGACUUGGAAGUUCAAAAGGAAAUCACGAAUUCAGCUAACGACAGCAUUUUGAGCACAUUUAGUGAACUAAGUAAAUGCGUAAAAGGCUGUUUUUUUGCCCAAACCUGAGAGGUAGUCUGUGUCCUUUUGCCGAGGUGGGUGUCUUGGGUCUCAGUCACUCGGGGGCCACGUUGCCCAAGUCACACAGGCUUCUGUAUUCUGUCUGUAGACGAGAUGUGUUCAAAACCUAUUUGAAUAAAAGAAGCUCAUAAAUAUGCAAUGAUUUCUCUACAGACAAGUGGCACCUCUGUUAAUUCAUAAAUGGAACUGGAUGUGAACUAAUAAUAUGCAACUAGUUGAGAUAAGAGGGUUACAGAUCAUCGUCCACGGGAAAUAUUCCCAGCAGUAAACACUUCCAUUAAUGUGAUAUACAGCUUCUAAAAAGGAGCAUAUCAGAGUAAGAUGGUGGUACAAUUUGCUUAUUAAAAUCAAGAAAGGGGGGGAUAAAAGCAUAUUAGCGGGGGAAAGAGGCAUGUCAUUCCUUGUUACUGGAAAGCACGAUUUAGAUCUGACCCUACUUUUGCCCACCCAGAGGAACAGCCUGUGGCAACGCGGGGGGUGGGGGGUGACUUUCCAAAUCCCAGACCCGGGCGCUUUGCAGAGGUCCAUCCUGACCACCGCUGCCAAUUUGGGAGCACAGACUGACUCAUGAAACGCCCUGAGACUUUUUUUUUUUUUUUUUUUUUUUUGCCUGGUGGCCAGGCCCAUCAUUUUAGUACAUCACCCGAUUUGCCGUCGUCACGGUUUCUGGCUGCUUCAGACUUCGGCCACCUUCAACGUGGUGGCCAAACAUAGUAAACCAGCUCGUGACACCUUAGGUGAAAAAGAAAAGGGGGCAACUGUGCCUUGAGCCCUUUGGCAGUAUGAGGGGGAGAGGGCGUCACCUUGAAGGACGGCAUGGGACUGAGGUAGCACAGAAACAUAGGGCCACGUUCACCCUGCCGCCUCCGGGGAAGUUCCUUGCUCCCAUAUAUUAAACCUUCUAUUUUGUAAGAGUGUUUCCCCCUUCUUUCACUUUUUUAAAAAAAAUUAAAGUAGGUGGGGAAAAGAUAAAGCUUUACACAGUUUCUACCUGGGUCGGGGUUUCAUGGGCAUUUCUAACCUUGAUGCAGCUCUGUGGAACUCGGCGUUUUCCCAGGAUAACAGGUGCGGAAGCCUCCAGCCUGGAAGCCUUGACAACAGGUCCGUAAUCCCUCCACCCGAUUUUUAAUUCUGUUUCAUGGCUGUGUGGUUAUUUUGAAUGUGAAUAGAGGAAAGAAGAAAGUCCUUCCUGUUUUUGAAGAACGCAUCACUGUUCUAAUCCAGCCACGCGCAUUCGCCUCCCCGUUAGCAUAGACGUUACGUAGUGAACACAGAUAGAGUAUAAACGAAAUUCUUAAAUUAUUUCAUUGUAGUUAAUUCCCACUGUAGGAAUGCUUUAUCACAGUGAAGCCUUCUUUUGAAAAGAAACGGAAUUCCUUGUAAGGCUUCUCUUUGGGAUGUAUAUGGGUGUGUACAGAUUAUUAUAUGUGUUUAUAAUAUAAUAUUUUCCCAGAUGACUUCUUUUUUCACUUAGCCUUUCACGACCUGAAUGCUAGACUGGUUUCUUCCCUUCCCUCCCUCCAGCGCUGGGACUUCAUUGAUUCCUCCUUAGAAAACUCGACCCCUCUCCUGCUAUUUUUAGCGAUAUUGAUCUGCUGCAGGGGGCAGCCUGCUUUCUCGAGCCCGAGUUUUGGCAACAGAGAAAAGGCGGUAGUGGGUUUCAAGGGUUUUCUUUUAAAAUAAAGGUGACCGGCGGCUCGUCUGUUUGUAUGUCAGUGUCAAACUAGAAGUCCUUUCUUUGCUGACAACGCUCUCAUUCCCAUCUUAAAGCCUUACUAACACCAAGGCCAGAGAAGCAAGGACCCAGGGCCAGUGUUAGAAAUAACCAGUUGAGGAAGGGGGUCCAGUUUUCAUAGUUUAUUUCCAUGUAAGUUCAGGGACAUGACAAGGACACAGGAAGCCACCACUGCAGAAUCCACGUAACCUUUUCUAUUCAGAAUUCAAAUUUUUCCUUGACGAGAAACCCACUGGCUGGGGAAGGCAUAUGAUAAGGCGGCCGCGUGUGAGGGCACCUGCACAGGUGAGCUGGGUGUAUUGCAGACCUCUCUGGAUUUCUCUUGUGGCCAAGAGAACCCUGCGGAGAAAGGAGCCUUGAUUCUGACGGUGCAUGGGUGGACCUCGAGUACUGGGGUGGACAGACAGAUGGUUUACCAAGCCAGGGUCCCGGGUUCCUUCCGUCUCCGGUCUUCCCAGUAGAUGAGCAGUCGAGGGUGAGUGAGUGACGUUACUGCCAUGAGUCUUUGGUCCCAGAAGCAGGUACAGUUUCCUGUCCCCCAGGAAGCCCGCCCUAUGUGGAAUUAUCCCAGAAAGCAGGUGAGGGCAGCGGGUGCUUGCUGGCCGCUGGGCUGUCGGGUGCAGGAGAGAGCAGCUCUUCCUGAAUUACUCUGGCCUGGAAUCCUUAAAGCAGCACCUUUCCUGCAGGGCCACGAGUCCAGGCUGCGGCCCUUGUAGCACCGGUGCAGGGCCGUGCACUUCUGCCCCCUCCUCUGAGGUUUCGUGCCGCCUGAUGCGGUCCGCUUGGACCCAGCCUCGGCCUCCAGCAUCAGCUCCGGGCCUCCCAGUUUGGUGCCACCUGAACACGUUCAGGCUCAUUCCCCACAUUUGCAAAGGAGCUGUCACUACUUCAUUAGGGAACAAUAGUCCAACAAGAAAGGCAGCCCUGGGGCCGAGCAGACCUGGGUUCACCUGGCCUUGCUGUCCCAUCCAGCUUCCUCAGCUGUGGAACCCUGUGGCCUUGCAGGGUGUGGUGACGUUUGGACCGGUGUGGUAAAUGCCGGCCCGAUGCCCGCCAGCCCGGAAACCUGCCCCAGCCAGUGCCCUGGGGGGCGGGGGCGGCCAGGCCCUCCCGUCGAGGCUCUGACCCUCCUCUGUCUCUGCUGAGCCCGCCGUCGCCGUCGUCGUCGUCGUCGUCCUCGUCGUCCUCGUCGUCGGUGGGAGCGAGGCUCUCCGAGAACCCCUGCUUCUGGGCAGCCCCUCCCCCAGGGGUGAGCCCGCACUGCCCCCUCCCCGUCACUCACCGCCGUGCGCCCACCAGCCUGAGUCUGAGUUUGAUUUUCUAGGGGACGGAAGGGUGAGUGUCCCCUUCAGGCCCUUCACCCCCGCUGCUUCUGGCCAAGACCACCCUUCGCUCUCCCGCACCCUCUGCUGUGUCGUCGAUCCCAAGGCCUCUGUCCUUCAGACGCCUCCUCUGGCACUGAGAGGCCGCUGGGCACACUCGUGUUUGGGGCCCGUUCGGUGUCCUUAUCCUGCUUCCGCUUUAAAACCAGAGCUUCUUGCAGGCACUCUGGGCUGGCAGGGUGUGGCCUGAGGCUCCAGGGCCGCCUUCUGUCUCCCUCUGCCCCUCAUUGAGCUGCUGUGGCUGGCCAGUGACCUUGCCCUGGGCCUGCCCUUGGUGGUACCAUCCUCCCCCUUGGGAGUGGCCACUGGCUCCUGCCCAGCCCCCAGCCGAGCUGUGCUCACGGGUGACAUGGGCCCCGGUGGCUCCAACCCCGCCAGUCCUUUCUCUUUGCAUUUAGAGUGUUCUGGAAGCGGGGGUGGGGGGGGAGCUCGGAAGCCUUGCCACAAUGUAGGUCCUCAGUGAGUAAAGUAGGGUCAGGUCUCAAAAACUGCUCAGAAGACACAGAUGAUUGGAAAGCAAAUCCGUCACCUCUGGACGGGCUGCUUCCACUCGCUCACAUCCUCUGUCAGGUGCCCCGCAAGGUCAUCGCGACUUUUCUGCAGCUCCCCUGGACCGUAUUUAUGUCCUUCAGGCAAACAAACUGAAGAGCCGUCAGGAAGGAACUCUGAUAGAAACGUGCUGAAGAUACACAUCUUUCUUUCCCAGGAAAUAUAAUUCAUUUCUAACGGCCUCUUUACAUGUGGGCUUCACACGCUGUGAAGUCGUGUCCUGGAGUGAUUUUCAGCCCCAUCCUUAACCAAAAAGCUAAAUAAGGGCCUUUGGCAUCAAGACUUACAUCUUUCUCUUUUAGCCGUGGUUUAGACAUGUUUUUUUUGGAUUCCCCAAGCGGCUGAGGCAGGGUCUGCUUCUGCCCUGCUCUGUGCCCUACGCUGACAGGUCCUUUUUCAUUCAAGUUUCUAAAUCAGCUUUGCCUUUCAGUCAAGACAUCAGAUUCCUUCCAGUUAUGCAGACGGGAGAAGCCGGGUGGGCUAAUCCCUUGGGGUAGAUGAAACACUGCUCAGACUUUCAGUUCCAUCACUGCCAGGAAGUAGUCACUGGAACCCAAGGUGCUGUGACAUCUGAGAGAGAAAUGUUGCCACACAGGGUCAGCACCUCCACGUUGGACGUUCAACCACCUAAGACGUGAUCAUCCCCAAACCACAGAUUUUCUCCCCCUUAGAAAAGUAAUGCUGUCCUAAAACAGAUGUUUUUUAAAACUAUGAAUAAAUUCCCUGUCUCAUUUUGGAUGUCUGCUGCUUUUUAAAUAUAGAUUGACACUUUUUUCCAGUUGGCGUUUGCAGUCUGGGUCUGAGUUGAAAUUAGAGGACAUUUCAUCAGCAGGGGAUUCUGUAAAACGAAAAAGUCUGUUUUUAAUCUGUGAUUUUUUUUUUUUAACGCCCAGAUUUUAGAAGUAUUUGUUUCACCAGUGUAGCAAGCACCCUCUGCAAAGCAAGGGUGCGGUGACCAUGAACUUGAAAUCCUCUCCUUAAGGCAUUUCACUUAUGAGGUGGUGUUUUUGUUGUCAGCGUUUGGGGGUUUGCGCCUUUUUGGUGAAAGUGUCCUUAUCUGAGGCCCUCAAGCCAUCCAGAAGGCCUUCGGUGCCGGGGAGAGGGCAGGGUUGGGGCAGGCGUGCCCAGCAGAGACCCAAGGUGGCUCUAAAGGCUGCAGGUGUACGAGCAUGAGCCUGCCCCGUUAAAAGGACGGGAUCGCGGGCUUCCAGCCACCGCGGGACACCCGGCUCCCAGCAGGCGCCGGCUGUGCGCAAGGAGAGGCAAGGUGGCUGCAUGAGUGAGAGGUGGGCUUGAGGUUUGUCUUGUGUUGGGCCUGGCUGUGGCGUCUGUAGAGAAGGACUUCCGAGGGUCGUGAUCAAGGCGUGAGAGAGGUCCUCACCUGUCCGAGUGCAAUUAGGACUCAUCUAGAUUUCAGUGUCGGUGGGCAUUCCAUGACCUUCAGCUUUUGAGAUGCAGAUGAAAGAAAGGAACCAAACAAGAUGUGAGAGGGCUGGGGAGGCUUUGGAAUGGAGCAAACCCCCUUAACACACCCACGGUCGGGAACAGUCACCCCUCAAUCAGAUUAUGCCCCUGUCUCCCUAGUGCCGGACGGCAUCCAUACCGGCCCGGAAGCUAAUGUCUGAGCUGGUUCAAAUACUCUUGUCAUAAGGAGACUCUGCCCAUCCCCUAGAAGCUCGUACUCAGAGCUGGCUCGUGGAAAUUAAAGGUGUGUCAGGGGCUGGGUGAAGGACGUCCCGGGUCUCCCCACCCCUGUAACGACGCCUGUGUUAGAAACCCACAGUGCCUGGCUUCGUGCAGAGACCUUGGUGAGCAGCCCAGCUGGGGACACUGCACUCAGCUCUGCACCUGACUGAGCCGCCUGGGGAAAAGGUACAUCCCGCUUGGGAGGACAGAGGCUGGACCCAGGGUGCCGUGAGCUGGGGACAAGCCAGGGAGUUAGCGCUUACUGCUCAUGGGAGCCCAACACGCACCUCUCAGCCCCCCAGUCCCACCCACGGGGUCCCGGCAGUUUUCUCACCAGGACUAUUACGAGUGCACUGGUGGGCUUGAGUGAGGGUCAGAGCUGUUCCGUGGUGGAUAGGCGGGGGGUAGGUACCCUUACAAACUGCUCUGUGGCUGUUCACGCAUCUUGGUCUUAGAAAUAAUGCCUUCUCCAAGCCUUCAAACGCAGCACGGUUUCUCUCCUCCGACUGAGUUUUUGUGUGUAAAAUAUAUCAGAUUCUUGGGGCUGCUGCCCCUGCCCUGGCUUGAGUUCCCGUGUGCUGGGGAUGCCGUGUGCACUUGAUCAGAGGCCGAGCCCCGGAAGGACCGGGCUGGCAGCCCAGGGAAGGGCUGGAAUUCGGCCGCACCAGCUACAGGCAUCGCCACGUGGGUCCGAGGGUGUGGCUUCCUGCCCCAGACAAGCCCCGCUCUCCUGUCCCUGACUCGGAACUGGGUUCUCAUCUUGCCACUGGGUGUGUUUCUGAAAGGGAAGCCGAGCAGGUCAAAGGCGAUGACGGAGGCAUUUCUAGGAGGGACUAGGGAAGGCCGCGCCUCGCCACACUUUAGCACACUUCUCUGUUCUGUAAAUAGCCAUGUAUAGAAGACGGAAGCGGAGCCUGGGGUUUAUCCAGAGAUGGGUUUUUUCCUUUUCUUUUUUUGGUUGUUUUUAUAUUACCUCAUUCAGCAAGUUUGUUUCACAAUGACUCAAUGAUGCUUUAUUUAUAUUGUUUGUACUGUAAUUAAAACCAUUGACAGACAUUUCACUUGGCUUGUUAUUUCCUACGAUCUUGUUUUGAUUAAAUAUGCCAGUUUGUAUUUUCCUGCCUUGGGAUUUUUUUGUGUCAGCUGUACAGUAUUCUAAGGGGACAAAAAAAAGAAAAAGAAAAAUGUGUAAAGUAAUGGAGAGAGGUGGCUAUAGCGUAGAGGCCUCUUUCUAAUAAAGAAAUGGAAAUACGUCUA